CAGAAGAGCCUCGGCGGGAGAGUGAGAAAGAUGGAGGUGCGGCGCGGAGGUAGACUGCUGUGGCUGGCCGCGCUGUCCGGCGUCCUCUGCGUGGACACGGUGCUCGGGAAAUACGUCAAAGGCGUCGUGGACACCAAGGAGGACUGGGUUUUCCUCACACGGUUCUGCUUCCUCACCGACUUCGGACGCUUGGACUUCCGGUUCCGUUACCCUAAGUCUCGCUGCUGUCAGAACAUAUUACUCUACUUUGAUGAUUCCUCUCAAUGGCCAGCUGUGUACAAGAGGCCCGAAAAGAACUGCUAUCAGAAGGAGGCGGUGCUGAGGCCCGAGAACAACCAGGUCAUCAACCUUACCACCCGCUACACUUGGUCGGGAUGUGUGGUGGAGGGUGACGGCAACGGUGACGAGGAGGUGCUGAGCUGUGUGGGCGGUCGCAGUUUCCGCUCAGUGAGGGAGAGGUGGUGGUACAUCGCUCUCAGCAAGUGUGGGGGCGACGGUCUGCAGCUGGAGUAUGAGAUGAAGCUGACCAACGGACAGUCUUUCUGGACACAGCACUUCUCUGCUGACGAAUUCGGGAUCCUGGAGACAGACAUCACGUUCCUGGUCAUCUUCUUCAUAGUGUUCCUGCUCUCCUGCUACUUUGCCUACAAUCUGAAGGGAAGACAGCUUCUUCACACCACCUACAAAAUGUUUAUGACUGCCGCAGGUGUGGAGGUGCUCAGCCUGCUUUUCCACUGCGUCUACUGGGGCCUCUACGCUCGGGAUGGCGUCGGCAACGGUAGUCUGAAAAUACUCGGGAAAUUACUCUUCUCCAUCAGUUUCUUGGUGUUCCUGCUCAUGCUCAUACUGCUGGGGAAAGGUUUCACCGUCACCAGGGCAAGGAUCAGCCACAGCGGCUCGGUGAAGCUCAGCAUCUACAUGACCGUCUACACAAUCACCUAUGUCAUCCUCUUCAUCUACGAGGCCGAGUUCUUCGAUCCAGGCGAGGUUCUGUAUGCCUACGACAGCCCGGCGGGCUACGGGCUGAUGGGCCUGCAGCUUUUGGCCUACGUGUGGUUCUGCUAUGCCGUGCUGGUCUCGCUCAAGCACUACCCUGAAAAGCAGCCCUUUUACGUCCCUUUCUUCACCACCUACACGCUAUGGUUCUUCGCCGUGCCCGUGAUGGCUCUCAUCGCCAACUUUGGCAUCCCCCGUUGGGCUCGAGAGAAGAUCGUCAACGGCAUUCAGCUGGGCAUCCACCUCUACGCCCACAUCGUCUUCCUGGUGAUAACGCGACCGUCGGCGGCCAACAAGAACUUCCCGUACCACGUCCGCACGUCUCAGAUCGGGAUCCUGCUGUCCAGUCCCAAAGGAGGCGAGGGCGGCGAGAGCUUCCCUCACCACGCUUACGGGAACAGCUCCUUCCUGGGAGACUCCCAGCCUAACUUCACGGAGCUCUUCUCCAUCCAGUCUGAACCCGUAAAGACGGUGGAGGAAACGGUGCCGCGCAAAGUCCCAGAUGUGCCGAGGAACAGCGAGCAGAAGAUCAUCACCACCUCGGCCGCCGUCGACGACCUGGUGUCCAUUUUGCCGCCGCUCCCGCCCCCCAUACCGCCACGCCCAGCCGCCACCGCACGCUCGCCCCCGCUGCCCGUACGACUCCCGUCUUUCACCGAGUACUUCAGCAUGCAGAGUGGCGGCGGUGGAAUAGCAGGAGGCGGCGGCGGAGGGUUCGGGUCAAAGGCGUGAUAGAGAACAGAGUGAGUACAAAAUAAGGACAUUAUGGAAAUGGUGCACACGAAAGAGGUUGUUACUUGAGAAAAAAUAAAUAUUUGACCAAUAGAUGGAUCUCUUGAGCAACAUGCGGGGGAAAGAAAUGACAAAAAUCCACUGAAAUCUUUUUUUUCAUGAUUGUAAAUAGCUUGACAUAUCUCCCGCUUGCUAUCAUUUUUAUUUUCUGCAUUAUUAAUACUUACAUUCUAUUUGUGACCAUC